AAAGAUGGUAGUCGACGCUUGUGUUGUGUUAAGUGGAGUGUUGGGUUACAGUAAGUAACACGCGAGGCACGUGAGCUUCGUGAGUUGUGCGACAUAGGGGAAAUUGUGUGUAACAGUGAAAAUUUUUGGUAACAUGGUGGGCCACUGUAGUUAAACAUUCAUGUUUGUGUUUGGAAUGUGCAGAUUUUAUUUUUUGCACAAAAGGAACACUGUGUAACAUGUUGAAUUUGAACCUGCAGAUUAUGUUUGUGUAUAUAUAUAUGUAUACGUGUUAGUUGAAUCACAGUAAAUGCUUAUACGGCGCUAUGGCAGGUUAUGCACCUACAUACAGCGAGAUCAGAGUUCAAGUAGUUAAGUGUGCCGAAGAACAUCUAAGUGACAAGCAUCUGAAGAAUUUUAUUAGUACUUUCCAGCCCAUUAUAAACUCAAAAAGACGUUCUAGUUAUGUAAACAAUUUCAACGAUUUAAUAACCAUACUAGAAAAAAGAGGUCAUGUUGGAGAAACAGACAUCGCUCCUUAUCAGGAAAUUAUAAACCUAUUGCCCAAUCCUGACAUUUUAAACGAAAUUAUGUCAGAUUUCCAGGUUCACAGGAGUAGAAAUAGAAUACAGGGACUGUAUAUGAAUCAUGGACCAACUGCACCUUUUUAUUCUCAAAAUAACUCCUCUGGAUCAGGGAGAUCGAGAAGAUCAGAUUCAUUUACCAAUAACAACAGUGUGCUCCCAGAAGCAGUCUUGGAUCGUGUUUGUAAAGACAUAGGAACACAUUGGAGAGACCUAGCAAGAAAUCUGUCAAUACGUGAAGGAGAAAUUGAUGACAUUGAAGUUCAGUAUCCCAGGAAUUUGAAGGAACGUGCUUAUGAGUGCAUGAAAAGAUUUAUAAAUGAAACAGAUCCGUACAAAGUACGGCAGAAACUGCUACGUGCUCUUGAUGAAUGUGGGAGGAGAGACUUGAGAGAAGAUGUGGAAGAAAUACUCAACAGGAGAGCAUAGCGAAGUUGCUGUUACUCUUCAACAGCAUAAUUCUUCCUUUCAAUAAAAGUCUGUUUUACAUGACAUGCACAUAAGGGAUACUUGUGACUAGGACUGAAGAAAUAGAAUUUUAACCCUUUGUGGUUGUAUGUUGGGUGUUUCCCACGUUGGUAAUUUUUUAUUGAAGGCUUGAGUCUGAAAAUACCCACCAACAGUUUUGUAGGUAAAUUAUUCUGCUUCCAUCUGUGAGCUGUUCGAUGAACUCUGUAUAAUGGAAACCCUACCUUAUGAAUAAUUUUCUUCACUAUCUGUAUGGCUAAAUAAAAGAACUGAUGAUGAUAUUAAAGGCUGUAAAAAGUGCAUCAUGUAGAAGGAUGAGAGGGAAUACUCACCGACAAUGUUUUAGAACUGUUCUGGAUUAAUGAAGAAAGUUGUCUUCUGGGUUUAGGCACCGUGUAUUCUUCGUUUUGGCCGACGUUUCGGAGGAACG